AAAGAGCAGCAGUCACACACAGUUAACCUCAAGAUCUGGAAGUGUUUGUGAGUCAACGAAGCUUUACAAACUCACUGCCAGUGUCUGCUUUUGUCAAAGAUAGGCUAUAAAGAGUGAUUAGGUCUAGCUUAGUGAUCUUAAAAUUCACAGUAAAGUGAGCUAAAGGUCUCAACGCUCUCGUCUCCUCACCCUGACUGCAAGACACCUGCACCCACGAUGACUCUGCAGCCAUUAAAUCCAGUGAACUGCGAAGGCCUUCUGCAAACCGGUUGUUCUCUUCUACAUCUUGAUGGUGAAGUUCUCCUAUUUGGCCAGAAAGGAUGGCCAAAGCGCUCCUGUCCAACAGGCGUAUUUGCCGUGCACUUGAAACAUGGUGAGCUCAGGUUGAGAGCCAUAUCUUUCUCCAGUGACUCCCAAUACCUUCCUCCCUUGCGCUGUCCUGCUGUUUGCCGCCUUGAUCCACACGAUGGACUUCCGGAAAGUUAUCUCAUCCAUGGCGGCCGCACCCCCAACAAUGACAUCUCAUCCAGUCUCUAUGCACUUAGCAUCGAUAGUCGUGGCGGCAAUCGCAAACUGACCCUGCGGUGUAAAGAGGAAGAACUGGUCGGAGAAGUGCCAGGUGCCAGAUAUGGCCACACAGUCAGUGUGGUUCAGAGCAGAGGGAAGACUGCCUUUGUAGUUUUUGGUGGAAGGUCCUACAUGCCCGCAAAAGAGAGGACCUCAGAGAACUGGAACCGUGUGAUCGACUGUCCUCCUCAAGUGUUCUUGUUUGACAGGCAGUUUGGUUGUUGUUCUGCUUACACUUUUCCAGAGCUCACUGACGGACAGUCUUUCCAUGUGGCCCUUGCGAGAGAGGACCAUGUUUACAUCCUCGGGGGUCACUUUUUGAAAUGUGACGGCCGACCACCUCAGCUCUUUUGUCUGCACGUCGAUCUCCUCCAAGGUUGUCCAUUAUUGUCAUGUGAGCUUCUCGACUUUGGUCUAUCUAUCUCAAGUGCGAUCAUCACUCGCACAGGCCCCGCUCACAACUAUAUCAUAUUGGGAGGAUAUCAGUCAAAGUCUCAGAAAAGAAUGGAGUGCAGCACUGUCAUUCUGGAUGAGAAGGGGAUUCACAUCGAACCUCUUGAACCGCCAAAAUGGACCCCAGAUAUCAUCCACAGUCAAACUUGGUAUGGCGGUGCUGCAGGGGAACAAAGUAUGUUGCUAGCUGUGCCAAGUGAGCGCAGAUCGUGCCAAACAAAUAUGCAAUACUUUUACCUCGUAAACUUCCAGAAAGUGGAAGACGCCAAAGAAGGCAUACAAGCCCAGCAGGUUUGCAGCCAGGAGCUGACAGAUUAUGACAAUUCUACUCCUCUAGAAGAUUCAGACGAGCUCUAUUUUGGUCGUGAGCCUCAAGAAUUGGAUGGGAGUAGUGAAGGUGAAGAUAAUAGCUACAAUGAGAAAGAUGAGGAGGAUGAGUCACAAUCAGGCUACUGGAUCAAAUGUAGCCAUAGUUGUCAGCUGGAUCUCAGUACAUGGGAGCCGUAUUACACCACUGAGCUCCAACGACCAGCCAUGAUCUUUUGCUCCACAGGAGAGGCCGGGCACUGGGUCCACGCUCAGUGCAUGGAGCUGUCUGAGACACUGCUCCUAACACUCUCCCAGGGCAACAAAAAAUACUUCUGCUUAGAACAUGGGGGUCUUCCUAUCCAGGGGAUGACCCCACCUCAAAAGGUCAUGCCACUAACACGUCCCCCUUUAAAAGUGAAACAGAGGAAACCCCAGACAGCUUUCAAGAUGUCCAGAACCAAAAAAGGCGUUUUCAGGAGACUUUUUGUUUAACACGUUUUAUUGAGGUUGUGAAGUGACAGCCGAGAAAUAUCUGUGUGUGAAAUUUGUCUUUGUCAUAUAGAGCAGGAGUCACCGACCAUUUUGAAGAUGACAGCUGCUUCAUGAGUGAUGAUUAGAUGAAGCGCUUGCAGUUUGAAACGCAUUUCUCAAACUACAAAUGACCCUAUUAUAACAUAACUAAAAGAAAAACAGAUACAUAUCAAAAUGCAACACUUUUUUUUCUGUAAAUCUCUGCCAUUGUUCAAAUUUUCAAAUGAUCACUUCUCCAAUAUUCCAACUAUCAACUAUUUUCAGAACAGGUUUGCGGGCAGUUGUCCUUGGAGGCCCGCCGGCCCCAAUUUGGUAACCCCUGAAGGAGGGAGUAAAAAUGAAAAUAGGUUACAGACAAAUACAAAAUUGAAAUAUUAAAGUCACUGUACGAAUUGAGUGUUAAAGCUAAGAAAGGUGUGUCACAGGUGUGUUAAUGCCUAUCAGUAAGAGUAUUUUCUUCUGCAUUUGUGAUUAUUCCAAAAGAAACUAUGGAAAUGAGUCUUUGCCGCUUGUUUUUCUUUGCAGCUUUUUAAUGGCCCUUGUGUUGUGUUGUUGUUGUGAAGUUAAGUCAAAAUUGGUUCCUUUGGUUCAAACAGAAAACUAAUCCGCAAAAUGAAUUGUGAAGAAACAGUUUACGUGUCCUCACAA